GUGCUGAGGGGGCGCGGCGCGGAGGGGCGCGGAGCCGGGAGGCUAGGGGCCCAGAGAGCGCGGCGGCCGGGAGCCCGCCGGCCCCUGACAGCCCCCUCCCCCCGGCAGACGACGACGACGACGAGGGCGCUGGUCAUGGCGGAGCAGCGAACUGAGCGCGGGCCUUGAGCACCACCGCAUGGAGCGGGACGAACGGCCGCCUAGCGGAGGGGCAGGCGGCGGGGGCUCGGCGGGGUUCCUGGAGCCGCCUGCCGCGCUCCCUCCGCCGCCGCGCAACGGUUUUUGUCAGGAUGAAUUGACAGAGCUCGACCCAGGCACUAAUGAUCGGGCCGAACAACGAACCUGUCUCAUUUGUGGGGACCGAGCCACAGGCUUGCACUAUGGAAUCAUCUCCUGUGAGGGCUGCAAAGGGUUUUUCAAGCGGAGCAUUUGCAACAAGCGGGUAUAUCGGUGCAGCCGUGAUAAGAACUGUGUCAUGUCUCGGAAACAGAGGAAUAGGUGCCAGUACUGCCGUCUGCUCAAAUGCCUCCAGAUGGGGAUGAACCGGAAAGCAAUCAGAGAAGAUGGCAUGCCUGGAGGCCGGAAUAAGAGCAUUGGGCCAGUCCAGAUAUCAGAGGAAGAGAUUGAAAGGAUCAUGUCUGGGCAGGAAUUUGAGGAAGAGGCCAAUCACUGGAGCAACCAUGGUGACAGCGACCACAGUUCCCCUGGGAACAGGGCUUCAGAAAGCAACCAGCCCUCACCAGGCUCUACUCUGUCCUCCAGGUCUGUGGAACUAAAUGGAUUUAUGGCAUUCAGGGAGCAGUACAUGGGGAUGUCUGUGCCUCCACACUAUCAAUACAUACCGCACCUUUUUAGCUAUUCUACCCACUCGCCACUUCUGCCCCCACAAGCUCGCAGCCUGGAUCCCCAGUCAUACAGUCUGAUUCACCAACUGGUAUCAGCUGAAGACCUGGAGCCAUUGGGCACGCCCAUGUUGAUCGAAGAUGGAUAUGCUGUGACCCAGGCAGAGCUGUUUGCCCUGCUUUGCCGCCUGGCUGAUGAGCUGCUCUUUAGGCAGAUUGCCUGGAUCAAGAAACUGCCUUUCUUCUGCGAGCUCUCAAUCAAGGAUUACACCUGCCUCCUGAGCUCUACGUGGCAGGAAUUAAUUCUGCUAUCCUCCCUCACCGUUUACAGCAAGCAGAUCUUUGGGGAGCUGGCUGAUGUCACUGCCAAGUACUCACCCUCUGAUGAAGAGCUACACAGAUUUAGUGAUGAAGGGAUGGAGGUGAUCGAGCGGCUCAUCUACCUGUAUCACAAGUUUCAUCAGCUAAAGGUCAGCAAUGAGGAGUAUGCUUGCAUGAAAGCAAUUAACUUCUUAAAUCAAGAUAUCAGGGGUCUGACCAGUGCCUCACAGCUGGAACAGUUGAACAAGCGAUAUUGGUACAUUUGCCAGGAUUUCACUGAAUAUAAAUAUACACAUCAGCCAAACCGCUUUCCUGACCUCAUGAUGUGCUUACCUGAGAUUCGGUAUAUUGCAGGAAAAAUGGUGAAUGUCCCCUUGGAGCAGCUGCCCCUCCUGUUCAAGGUGGUGCUGCAUUCCUGCAAGACAAGUGUGAGCAAGGAGUGACCUGUUCCCGCGCCCUCCGCAGGCCGGCCGCAAAGCCUCGGGUGGGCAGGACGGGCUCCCGAAGAGCAGCCCAGAGACCAAGAUGGAGGCUGUGGAGCAGCGUUCCCGAUCGCCUCCUUAGCAAGAAGAGUUUGUGUUUGUUUGUCUGUUUUUUUUUUUAAGCUCAGUUUUCUAUAUAUUUAUUUCACGACAGAGUUGAAUGUAUGGCCUUCAACAUGAUGCACAUGCUUUUGUGUGAAUGCAGCCGAUGCAUUUCCUUGCAGUUUACAGAAUGUGAAGA